AUGUCCAUGACCUACGAGAACAUGCUGUCGGCCUCCGUCGCCUCGCUCGGCUCACCGCAGAGGCCGCAGACCGCGCAGAUCGCGAAGACAUACCGCCAAGCUGCUCAGCUGUUCCUCACACGACGCCUGCCCGAGGCCCUCUCCACCAUCGAACCCGUCAUCACUCCUGCGCUCCCCGACGAAGCCGAACAAGACCAGGAUAGUAAAUACGCCGCAUUCGCGCCCAUCGCGUAUGCGUCGCGCGGCACCCGCGUCAAGGUCUGGAGCUUCUACCUGACCUUCUUGAACUCCGUUAUAGAACUGGGGCCCGAGGAAGGCAAGCAUGCAUUUGGCAGUACAAAAUGGAAGGCCUUGGUUUCCAAAUGCCGCGAUGGAAGCGUGUGGGAGGAAGUAGUGCGGGCCGGCUAUGGCGGAGUUGAGGGCAGUGUCGACCCCGACGUCGUUAUAAAUUUAGCGACAUUGCUGUUGACGCACGCCCCGUCGCAACAAGUGACCCAGCAGCGUCUCGAAACAUACCUCUCUUCCUCGGCACAACCCACUUUCGACAUCACUGCGCACAUGAACUCUCCCCUCUACGCCCAAAAACGGCCGGGUAUUAGGAGCCAUGGUACGAAUACGCCACGAGACCUCAACUCCCGCCUGAAGCUGCUCGAGCUGUAUACCCUUCACGUUCUUCCGCGUAACGACGAGUGGGAAUAUGCUCGCGAAUUCAUAGGCAUGAGCGAAGUGCUUGAUGACGAGCGGAAGGAAGCAUUUCUUCUGGCUCUGCACGGCCUCAAGGAAGAGCAGGAAAGCGCGGCCAUGAGAGAAGCCCAGCUACGGCAGCAACAACAGGAACAGUUGGAACGCCGCCGCCAGGAAGCGGAAACACAUCGCCGCGAAGCUGAAGAAGAGGAAUCUCGGCGGCGACGGGAGCAAGAAGAACGUGAGGCCAGACAGCCCUUUGCUCUAGCAUUCGGUAGACAGGAUCUACGAGAUCGCGUGAAACGUCUACUACGGAUCGCGUGGGAGAAGAUGCGCAGAACUGUGGGAAUGGGCGUCAAGGUAUCGUACAUCUGA